AUGGCCAAUUCAGCUUCAAAAACAGAGCCUGUGCCCGUCAUCAUUUGGUGUGUACCUCGAAGCUGCAGUACCGCGUUCGAGCGUGGAUUCCUGCAGAGGAAGGACACGCGAUGCUUUCAUGAGCCGAUGGGCGACCCUUUUUACUUUGGCGAGACGAGGCCUAAUCGGCGUUACAGCGAUGAGGAGUGCAAGAAGAGCGGCUAUUGGGACAAGACCCUCGAAGGGACCAUGAGGUCAUUGCUUGAGCCGUCGACGUACGAUGUCGACGUUGCCAAGGGCAAGACGGAGUGCAAGUACAUCUUUAUCAAGGACAUGGCUCUCUAUCUCUUUGCGCCCGACCUGUUGCGCGCGCUGCAUCCAUCUUCCAAGUCAUACCCAGGCGAAGCCUCGAGCGGCGACAAGCUCAGCAAGCAGCUUCAGGGUCUUGAGAACCCGACGGUGCUGCCCAUCGACCUCCUGCGCAGGUUUAAGCACACAUUCCUCAUUCGGACACCCCAGAAGAGUGUGCCGAGUUACUAUAAGUGCGUUGAGGAGAAGAUGAUGGGCUACAGCUACUUUGAUCCCGCAGAGGUGGGCUACGCCGAGAUCAAGAUCCUCUACGACUGGAUGUCAAACCCAGAAUCGAGCUUCAACAAGGCUCCCGAAGACGAAUUGGCCACCUAUCCUGGGCAAAUCCAGUCUCAGGCCCAGCCUCUUCCUUUGGUUGAUGCCUCCGUCCUGCUGUCCAACCCCGAGCACACGAUCUCGAGCUACUGCGCCGCCGUCGGCAUGCCUUAUGAUCCUUCGAUGCUCAGCUGGGAGAGUGGGCCGGUCGAGGAAUUCGCAAAAUGGGGUGCCUUCCACGCAGUUGCAGAAAACAGCACCGGUUUCAAGAAGGAAACCCCCAUCUGCGACGAGGCCGCCGCGGCGGGCAAAAGGACGUCAACCUCCUCGGCAUCGUCGGGUAGCGAGACGGAUACGUCCAAGCCGGGUGGAAGUGGCAAGAGGCAGCUCAGCCAAGAGGUCCUCGACACAAUCACCGCAACUAUGGACGCGUACAACUACCUCUACGCCCGGCGAACAAUUCACGCUCCUGCUGCCGAUGGUAAGAAGUAAGACACCUAGUGGACCCUUUGUUCUGAUUCUCGCAUUUCCUGUCUUUCUUGUCGAGCCAAAUUGUUGGGAUACGUGAGGUGAUGGGGGACUUUUGACAGCAUCGCAUUCUCUUCAUCGAAUAAAAUAAGCACCGAAAGUGGCGUGGGACAUUGUUGUGGAUAAAGAUAAGGAUCGGCAUCUGAGGCUUUGAGCACAGGGUAGGUAGCAGAGGCAGUCGUCAACGGUAAGUUGUUCUUCCAUCGCUUUGGUCAAUAGCGUGCAAGCGACAUGUAAUUCAUCGCCUCUUUUCCUUUGUGGGGGCCGUCGAAGGGACGAAGUACUGAG